CACUAACCUCAAGUCGUUAACACAUUCCUCCUCACACACACACACUCUUGCACUCUCAUUUCACAUUCUCUCUUUCUCUCUACACAAAAAUGACACCAAACCUCUCACUCCUCCUCUUUGUUGCAGCAAUCUGCACCGUUGAUCUCACACAAGGCGCCACACCACACACUGCCCCUGCACCCUCCGUGGAUUGCUCAACCCUGGUGUUAACCAUGGCGGAUUGCUUGACCUUUGUCACCAACGGCAGCACCACCACCAAACCGGAAGGAACAUGCUGCUCCGGCUUGAAGUCGGUGCUCAAGACUGCUCCGUCGUGUCUCUGUGAGGCUUUCAAGAGCAGUGCUCAGUUUGGCGUCAUUUUGAAUGUUACCAAGGCUACCUCUCUUCCUGCUGCUUGCAAAGUCUCUGCUCCUUCUGCUACCAAAUGUGGAUUGUCUGAAACUGUAACCCCUGCUUCUGCUCCUGUUGAAGGCCUUUCUCCACAAUCUUCUGCAUCUUCUCCUACAUCUUCUCCUGCAGCCUCUGGGUUGAACCCUGCAAGUGAGCUAGCUCCUGCACCAGCACCAUCUGUAGGGAACACUGCAUCAUCCCUGUUCCCCAUUUCAUUUGGAUCCUUGCUUGUUUGCCUAUUGGUAGCUGCAAUCUCAGGCUUUUGAGAUGAUUGAGUUUCAUUUCCUUUUGAGAGUAGAGACAUCAGACAUGACAGGGGGGGGGGGGGGGGGGGGCUAUUUUGAUGUUUUGUUUGGGUUUUACCACUAGAGGUAUCCUCAUUACGUGUGACAUAAAAAGUAGAUAAAAUUCAUUAUGUGAGUGACUCAAACCUAUUUUGAGGUUGUAUCAUCUUAUUUCUUAUAUGUCUAUUUAAUUAUAUUAAAA